GUUUGGAUAGGCGCUCAGGCAGCCGAGCGCUGCCCUUACUGUACUCUACAUAAGCGGAGGGAGGAGCGACCGUGUAGGAUUUCUUUUUUGGUUCUUUCCCCUCUGUCGUUGCAACUCAUCCAAUCGCAUCUGGAAGAUAGCAAAAGGAGAAACAAACUACUCGCUUUAACGCAAAAGCUUUGUGGGAAGGUGGACGAGGAGCGAGCUGUGCGCGCUGGGAGCAGCACUGACGGUACGAGGCGCAGCAGCUUGGCGAAGGAGCGGGCUCGGAGCGAGGGGUCGCGUUGCCAUCCAGCGCUGCUGCUACACUUGUGCAGAAGCCGGAGGAGUCCCGCUGACUUUCUCUCGUUUUAUUGCUCCAAUAACCUCCCAUAACUGGUGUCCAGAGCACGUGGGGGUAACCGAUGAGUUCCCUGACACCUACGUUGGCAUGAAAGCUGGGAUCGAGUGUAAAUGAACGACCCUGAAGUGAAGACAACUGAUCAUCAAGACUGGAUCCCAGUCCACCCUCCAUAUCCCUGAGACCAGCAUCUGCCUCCGGCCCCACGGCCCGCCAGUUUACCCCAGUGCAACCUCCAACAUCCUCUAUAUCUUGCAGCUUCACAGCACACCACAGCACGCUAACCUCAAAGGGGGUUAGCUCCUUUUGGAGACCACCACCUCCCUCCCAAGACCCCAGGGACGGGACUGCAAUGUUUCACUGACUGACCCCGAAUGAGUGUGCAUCUGAGGGUGGGGCUUGCCUCAGUCUCUCAUGAUUGGCUGCUGGAUGGAAUUAAGGUGAAUGGAACACAUGCCCAAGGAGCAGGACCCUAACCCAUCAGAGGGAGAAGAGAAACGGUGGCUCAGUUGCCCAAAAAGGAAGAGGAAGAACAGCCAAUGUUCGGUGAAGAGUAUGACUGGGUACAUCCCCAGCUACCUCGAAAAGGAUGAGCCAUGCGUGGUGUGUGGCGACAAGGCCACAGGUUACCACUACCGCUGCAUUACCUGUGAGGGCUGCAAGGGUUUCUUCCGUAGGACCAUUCAAAAGAACCUCCAUCCCACCUACUCCUGUAAAUACGAUGGCUGCUGCAUCAUCGACAAGAUCACCCGCAACCAGUGCCAGCUCUGCCGCUUCAAGAAGUGCAUCGCAGUGGGCAUGGCCAUGGACUUGGUGCUGGAUGACUCAAAGCGGGUGGCUAAACGGCGGUUAAUUGAGGAGAACAGGGAGCGACGCAAGAAGGAGGAAAUGGUUAAAUCCCUCCAGAGCCGUCCAGAGCCCACCGUGGCCGAAUGGGAGCUGAUCCGCAUGGUGACAGAGGCGCAUCAACACACCAAUGCUCAGGGAGCACUGUGGAAACAGAACCGCAGAUUCCUGCCGGACAAAAUUGGCCAGUCCCCGGUCGCCCCCACGUCAGACGGAGAUAAGGUGGACCUGGAGGCCUUCAGCGAGUUCACCAAGAUCAUUACUCCUGCCAUCACUCGUGUCGUUGACUUUGCCAAAAAACUGCCCAUGUUCUCUGAGCUGCCUUGUGAAGACCAGAUCAUCCUGUUGAAGGGCUGCUGCAUGGAGAUCAUGUCACUACGAGCUGCCAUGCGUUACGACCCAGACAGCGAGACGCUGACGCUGAGCGGGGAGGUGGCUGUGAAGCGUGAGCAGCUGAAGAACGGUGGGUUGGGCGUGGUAUCGGAUGCCAUCUUCGAUCUGGGCAAGAGCCUGGCACAGUUCAACCUGGACGACACAGAAGUGGCGCUGCUGCAGGCCGUACUGCUCAUGAGCUCAGACCGCUCUGGCCUGACCUGCAUGGACAAGAUCGAGAAUUGCCAGGAGACCUACCUGCUGGCGUUUGAGCACUACAUCAACUACCGCAAGCACAACAUUCCUCACUUCUGGCCGAAGCUUCUGAUGAAGGUGACUGACCUGCGGAUGAUCGGGGCGUGCCACGCCAGCCGCUUUCUUCACAUGAAAGUGGAGUGUCCAAAUGAACUCUUCCCCCCGCUGUCUUCGAGGACCAGGAGGAGUCGCUGCAUUAAAGGAAAGGACAAAGAGAUGGGAGGGGGAGCAGAGAUAGAGGACAUGACGUUUGGUGGCUGGGCUGUAGAUUCAGAGCCAGGGGUCAGUGCAGGUGUAGUCAGCAGCAGUGAAGUCUCCCACGCCCAGCCUCCGAGGAGGUUUUGA